UUCACACUCCACAAAGUCUAGUUCUGGGUGAGUAACCACACCAUCAUGGUUAUCUGGAUCAUUAAGGUCUGUUUUGUAUAGCUCUUCUGUGUAUUAUAUUCAACUGCCACAAAAGAAAAAUUUUCUAGCAUUGGUAUUUUGUAUUAUAUGUAGUAGAUGCAGAAUACCAAUGUUAAAAAAAUUGUUUUAUGGCAGUUGAAUAUAAUGUGUCAUUUUUUCUUAUUUUUACAGUAAACUUGGGCUUAGCCUGUACCCACCAUAGUUGAUGAAAUUCAUUCUCAGCCUGUAUUCACAGAGGCCCAUCCCCUCCCUUCAGGGAUAUGCAGAAAUCUCAGGGCUUCACUGAGUCCAGAGAUCUUCAUUCACUGACUGCUAUUCCUGGUGCCCUGCCCCACAGCCUUGAGGUUUGUUUGAAGGCAGCUCUCCUCACUCCCACGUGUGGCGGGCUUGGGUGCAAAAUAAUCCCUGGUACUUCACAGCCUCCCAAGGCCUACCAUGCAGUCACCCUUUAUUUCUCUCUACUCUCAGAACUCUAAAACAUCUUCUCCAUUCCCUUCAUUUCCCUCCAUUUUCUAGUCUUAAAGUUUGGGCCAGGCCUCUCUUCCUCUACCCCUAUUCCUUCACCCCCACACCCACCCCUGGGGAAGAUCCAGAUUAAUUCCUUUUGGUUUUUGUUUGCUUGGUUUUUGCCUUUUUUUUUUUUUUUUUAUAUUUAUUUAUUUGGCUGUGCUGGGUUUUAGUUAUGGUGUGCUAAUAACUCUUAGUUGCGGCACCCAGCAUCCUAAUAUCCAAAUUCUCCGACCCGGGAUCAAAUGGAUGCCCCUGCAUUGGAGUACAGAGUCCUAACCAGUGGACUACCAGGGAAGUCCGAUUUUUUUUUUUUUUUUUCAAUAAUUCCUUAUUUCAGAGUUCCCGAAGGUGUGGCCCCUGGACACCAGUAUCAGAAUAACCUGGGGAGCUUAAAGCUAUUGGAGUGGUAAAAGGGACCAGGAUUCUGACUUUGUUGGAAGCUUUGCAGAGUUUGAGAACCAUGGAUGGUCUAGUUCUUGGACUAUAAAAGUAUAUAUGCUUUUGUGUGGGAGGUAGGAAAUUACCUUUUCAUUCUUUCUCCUACAACAAUUUAAAAGCCAAUAAUUGAUAUAUUCAUAGAAGAAUACAGGAAUCCUCUUUUUCAAGAUAUCUCUAGGUAUACAACCAUAGUAUAAGUAGAAUAUGAUUAUUCCAUACCCCAAGGGAAGUGGAUCAAGUGCUGAGAAUGUAGAAAAGAGAGCCAGUUUCCAGUGGAAGACGGGAUAGCUGAAUAAGAAAGGAAGUGUUUGUGCUAGGCCACAAAGGACUUGGAAGGACAGGACUCAAUCACUGCAGGUAUGAACAACCACCACCACCAUUGCGGGUGGUUGGGGAAGGCACCCUGGUCACAGACAUUGAAGGACAGUAGUGGUACUGCAACCAGAAAACAUUGUUUGACUGAAGCAUAAAAUUAGCGCUUGGGAAAUGCAAGUUUACAAUAUCCUACCCCAAAUCCUGGGGCUGGAAGGGCUUCUGUGUUGCAUUUCAUAUAGCAUACUCAGAAAGCACCCUGGGCAAGCACACCUCAAUCAAACAUACUGCUGAAAGUUGAGUCUGUAGCCAGUGUGAAAAUGUAAGGGGGCAUAAAUUCCUGGCGUGUGAAGAGUGAUACUCACUGUGUGGAAAAGGAGAAGAAAGUAAUUGUGACUUUCAUUAUCAAUUGUAAUGGAAUUUUCUUCUGUAUAUUAAAUAGAUUUUAUUAUAGGAGGUCUUCAUUAUCCUUAGUAUCGGAAAAACCCACAAACACAUUUCAAUGCUUUUUAUAAUAAAUCAUGAAAGAAAGGUCUAAUUGGGAUAUUAUUUUGAAAAAUGAAACUCAAGAGUAUGAAACAUGUAAUAUUACAGUUAGCAAAAUUUAAAUUAUGGUUGCAACUGUGGACCAGUUCUUAGAUGAAAACUCAAUUAGGUCUUACUGAGUUUGAAGAGAGAUGGGGUCAUUAUUUUUCCAAUUAUCAUAUUCAUUUAUUUAGCAAAUAUUUAUUUAACCUCUUCAUUGUCUUAGGCACUAGAGAUAUAAUAGACAGUGGCAAAGUCUCUUACGGGUCUUAUUUUCCAGUGGAAGAAAAGCCCAUAAAUAAGUAUACAUUUAAGGGCUGUGAAGAAAACUUGAGCAAGAUAAGAAUAUAGAAGUGUGGCUUAUAAAAUAUAGAAGUGGUGCAGGUGGUGCUCGGAGACAAGACAGCAGGAAUGGAGUCCUUCACUUCAGAUUUGACUUUACAGCUUGAUUUAAAAAAGAAUAGCCAAAGGCCUCAACAGUUUUCCCAAGAUGCUCUCAGUAAUAUUCAGAGGUUUUUGAAGGACUUAAGUCUGGAUCUUUCAUCCCUCUUCACUUGGUAAUUCCGCCAAGUCUUCAUUCGUCAAUGGUUUUGUGUAAUCAGUUCUCCAGUAGCACUUUCACUAAAAUCUCAUUUUUUAUGACUGAUUUUGCAGAUGAUUUGCCUUGUUUGACAGUCUUUGAAUAGGGGACAGCCCCAUUCAUGCCUGUUGUCACAGUGUAAUUUUUAGUAACACUCUCUUGCACUCUCAGAAGUUCUCAAUUUGGACAGUAAGUCCAUCACCCAUUGAUCAAGAGAUUAAGCAACAAGACUGAGUGUUAAAGCAGGGCUAGAUGUUUCUAAGUGGUCAGUCUAUUCACAAGCAUUGCUAUAAGUUUUGGCUUUCUUAUGAAAUUUUGUAACUUUGGAGACUUAGGUAAUGAACAUUCAACAAAAGAAGGCCACUUUUAGAGUGGUGUGAGUCUUGGAGACCAACCACACUGGCUGUUUUAAAAGAUUAAAAUCUAACAGAAUUGGAUGGCCUAGAAUUUGUUUCUUUAUGUCUUGUAACCUGGACUCUUCAUUCCUCAAGAUUGAAUAACCUUGUUCAUAUAAUUGAUUUUCUCCAAUCUUAUUAAAAACUUUUUAUGUCUGCGAACACUGCGCUGUGAGCGGUGAGGAGCCUGCAGGCCAUGGUGGGCAGCCUGCGCGCUAUCUCAGCAUGCAACGCAUGCUGUUGGCCGAGGCCCUGGGGGUUGCCGGCGGGUGCCUUACCGGCACUAUGCACCAGCCCCGCUCUGCUGUCGGUGCGGAAAUUCACAGAAAAACAUGAAAGGGUAACCACCGAAAACGGUGUGGAAACAGUGGGAAUCAGCAAUUUGGCACAGGAAGCUUUGGGAGAUGUUGUUUACUGUAUUCUGCUUGAAGAUGGGGCAAAAUUGAACAAACAAGGAGUUUGUGCUUUGGAAAGUGUGAAACCUGCUAGUGAACUCUGUUCUCCUUUAUCAGGAGAAGUAACUGAAAUUAAUAAAACUCUAGCAGAAAAUCCAGGACUUAUCAGUAAAUCUUGUUAUGAAGAGGGCUGGCUGAUCAAGGUGACAUUCAGUAACCCUUGAAAACUAGAUGACCUAAUGAGUAAAGAAGCAAAUGAGAAAUACUUAAAAUCUAUUGAGUGAAAUGGAACCCUAAAUAAACUAGUGUGAAACAACUCAAUCUAGCAUAUUUGUCUUAAAUUAGUGGUGGAUAGAUAUUUAAAAAGCAACUUUUAGCAAAAGAAACUACUAUAACAAUGUUUCCUGAAGAAAAUACCCCUUAAUGUCCUAAUGACUUCAGAUAAACAUUGUGCGUCUUUUUCACAGUACCUGAUGAUUUUUAGGCUAGGCUCCAGUUAUAAUAUUCAGAAUUCCUGAAAUUAUCUGUGAUAAAACUAGUUAUAAAAAUUAUGUAAUUCAAGGAUAACAUGAUUAUCUUAAGCCUUAUAUAAUAUUGUAACUUGCUUACAGCCAUCCCUGUAUUUGGGUCAAAAUGAUCUUCCCACUAGAAAUAACUGGCAGUGGGGAAGUUUGUUAGUUGUAUAGUGAAGAUGAAGAAUAUUACUCUCUUAAUUUUGCAAUAUACUGUGUUUGCUGGUGCUAUUUUUAUACAGUGGAGCAACAGCCUUGCAGGCAAAUAAGAAACAGUUUAAUAAUAAAAUAUUCAGCUUCUUAAUUAAAAAAAAUAAAAACCUUUUAUGUGAUGACUGUAGCCAUAUUUUGCAGUUUUCCUUCUCUCAAGAAACCUGAAGGAUUGAUUAAUAAAUGAAGGAAAAGCAAAGAAUAUGGUUUCUCCUUAUCUAUGAUGUCUACGUAUGUUUGCAUUUCUCAAUAUAAAUGGUGGCUAGAGGGCAAACACGAAAACUUCAAAUUCUAAGCCCCAUAAUAUUCUAUGGCCUGAAUAGGUAGUAUUGGACCUUUAUUUAUUCAUGGAAUGUCAAAAAGAAAAUAAGAGCAUCAAAAAGAAAAACACUGGAUGCUUCUUCUCUCUUGAACCUCUGUGAAUCUGACUAUAAAAAGACUGCAAAGUAUUGUUACUGGGCUGGGGCCCAGGCUAUAGCCCUUUUCUUGCAUUCUGUAGAGUGGGAGUUGACAAGGGGUGGGGGUGUGUGGCCAGGAUUAAGAAAAGAAGAUGCCAAUCAUAUACUUCUAUGAUUCUUGUGAUUCUUGUCUUUAUUUGAAUAAUUAUCAUCUUAUUCAAUAACUGUUUCAUUUAUAGCACCAUCCUCUCUCCAAGCAGAGCUGUGGUCCCUUAAAAAUAAGCAGAGAACACUCCUGGCUAGUACCAUGUGUAUCAUAGGGUAGUAAGGACACAAUUAUCAUACUUACUAGUAAAUUCUAAGCUGCAAAAUUUUUCGUGUUCUAAUAUCUCUGAUAUCUCUGACAUACCUUACAGUGAUUUUAAAAGCAUUGUGUCAUAGUAUAAAUCAGUGGUUUUCUUAAAAGUACACAAAACAAUACUUGUUUUAGUGGUGUCUUAGAUUUGAUGAGCUAUGUCAGGGAUUUUACAAUGUUCUUUUUUUUUUUUUUUUUUUUUAAUAUUUAUUUAGGCUGUGCUGGGUCUUAGUUUUGGUAUGUGGGAUCUAGUUCCCUGAUCAGGGAUUGAACCCAGGCCCACUGUAUUGGGAGUAUGGCAUCUUAGUCCCUAGACCACCAGGGAAGUCCCUAUAAUAUUCUUGGUAUAAAAUUAUUUAGGUUCCAGUUGGUGUUAUAUUGAUUGUCAGAUGAUAUUCAAUGUAGUGAAACUUGGGAUAAGUAUUGUUUUAAAGGGACAUUAUCUUGAAGUGAAUACACACUGGGUACAUUAAGUGUCAGAAGCAUUGAAGGACACUAAAGGAGGCUGCCCACCUCAUGGUAGAUCCAAGAAUUGGAAUUUGAA